UGCACAUCGAAAUACAUUGUAUCCUUACAAUUGAAAUCACCGUUUAGAUCGACGCAGCUCAUUGAGAAUGUACAGAUUCGUGCUUGUUUACACGUUGGUGGCAGCAACAGCCAGUCACGUUAUGUCAAUGAAGCUUGGACAACCGAACCAUCAUAGCAUAGGUGUGCGAGCAGGUGGUUGGGGAGAUCCCGAGUUUGACACUAUUGAUGGCCGAAUGUACGUAUUCAGCGGCAAUUGCUCGUACGUGUUGCUGAGAGAGUGUCACGACCCAUUAGGACCACCACGUUUCUCUGUGAAUAUUGUGAAUGCCAGAACAUUGAAUACACCGUACACAGCUGCCGUUUACAUUGACACCGUCUACGUGCUAAUAGAUUUAGAAGGAGGAAGUGUCUUCAGAGUUGAUCUACUACAAGGAAAAUAUCUUUCAAUUAACAACCAGACAUCAAUCCAUAUCGUGGAUAUAGUGGAUAAAUGGGAAGAUGUGGAAAAUGGCAUUACAAUAAGGCAAUUCAAUUAUAAAAUACUGGUUACAAAACGUGACGAAUUUAGUGUGUGUUGGGAUGGUAAGGGACGUGUCGAUGUAAAGGUUAACGACAAUUUUAACGGCGAAGUAUGCGGUCUGCUUGGAAAUGCCAAUGAUAACCCGGAUGAUGAUUUACAGGAGCUCACAAGUGAAGGAUUACAAUUAGUUGAGAAUGUAAAUGAUUUUGCAAUGAGCUGGCAAAUAAAAGACAGUUGCAGGAUCGAAUAACAUGGCAUUGCGCAUCCACGGUUAAAAGUGAAUACACGUGAACAGUUAUCAACACUCAAUAGCGACUGAACUGAUGAAAUAUUUCACCUAUUUUUUUCGAUUCAUAAAUAGUUUUCAUUUUGGCCCAAAUGUUAUUGUGUUGGUUGUAGCUUAAUAUAUAAAUCUACACUUAUAAUACACUAAUAAAGCACUAAUUUAUUCAUG